AUGCCACCUCCCGUCGGCAGAUAUGGACCAUCUGGUCUAGGUGCCCCCUACAACAUACAACAAUCUCACAUUCAAUCCCAUCCUCACGCACAGUCUGCAAACACACUCCCGCCCCCUUCGCUUGGUCAUCCCGGCUUCGCGGGCAACCCAAAUACCAACAUCAACCCUUUCACACUCUCCGGCGCGGGGAUUGCAAAUGGUAUGUCAGUAGCUGGCUUCCCAGGAGCCGGUGCUGAUGGUGGUGGCACUGGUCUGGCCAGUCAUGCGGCUCAGAUGGGUUUCGCGCGCGGUGCGCAAAUGCAACAGGCACAACUACACCAAGGUCAUGACGGUCGCUUAGCACUCGAAGCUAAAGGAGGUACCGUGAAGUCGAGGAUCAGAGAUGUCUGGAAACACAACUUGGCCCAUGAGAUGGCCGUAUUGCGUCAGUUGGUCGACAAGUACCCAUACAUCAGCAUGGAUACCGAGUUCCCUGGAAUUGUCGCACGACCGAUCGGAUCAUUCUCCAACAAAGCAGAUUACCACUACCAAACCUUACGGUGUAAUGUGGAUCUACUCAAGAUGAUCCAACUAGGAAUUACUCUGUUCAACGACGAAGGAGAGGUUCCCCCAGCCUCAGGUGGAGAUGGAAAUGGGCAAGCAUACGGCGUGCCCGCUCCUUGUACAUGGCAAUUCAACUUCCGAUUUUCGCUGGAGGGUGACAUGUACGCCCAAGAGUCAACGGCCAUGCUGGCCAAAUCCGGAAUCGAUUUCGCCAACCAUGAAAAGAACGGAAUUGAUCCCUUUGAGUUCGGUGCUCUCUUGAUCAGCUCUGGGUUGGUGUUGCUCGACGACGUCCACUGGGUUUCGUUCCACUCUGGAUACGACUUUGGUUAUCUGAUGAAGAUCAUGCUUUGCUCUCAACUUCCCGAGAACGAAGAAGAGUUCCAUAAGCUUCUCACAAUCUUCUUCCCCUCACUCUACGAUAUCAAAUAUCUCAUGAAGCACGCGGGCCGCAACCAAGCCGUCAACGGAUCACCCCUCACCCCUGCAGCAGCACAGAUCCUGACCAAUUUGGGACAAAAGUCCGGCUUGCAAGAUAUUGCCGAUGAACUUGGCGUCAAGCGUCUUGGAAUCGCCCACCAGGCUGGCUCGGACUCCCUCGUCACCGGUGAGAUCUACUGGAAGACCCGACAACUCAUCUUCGGCGGCGUCAUCGAUGACAGCAAAUACUCCGGUCAAAUCUGGGGUCUCAACGGACAAAUGCCUGCAAUGGCCUACAACAUGGCCCAACAAACGCCAAACCUCAACGGUGCCACCAUCUACCCCGGCACCCCAAGCACUCCCAACACUGGGUCCCACGGAGCUGGCGCUCACACUCCUCAGCACCACGGAUCAGGCUACCAAGCCGUGACCCCGGGGGCCUAUCAAAUGGGCCGCGCAUAG